GUUCGGGAUUCAGCUUGUUACAUUGUUUCAGGGCCGCUACACACCAGAAACAUGAGGGAAAUCGUGCACCUGCAGGCAGGGCAAUGCGGAAACCAGAUCGGGGCCAAGUUCUGGGAAGUGAUCAGCGAUGAUCCUACAGGAACAUACCACGGAGACAGCGAUCUCCAACUGGAACGUAUUAAUGUGUACUACAAUGAGGCCUCAGGUGGCAAGUAUGUCCCCAGAGCAAUCCUGGUUGAUCUCGAACCUGGCACAAUGGAUUCAGUCCAAUCCGGGCCUUUUGGACAGAUCUUCAGACCAGAUAACUUCGUCUUCGGUCAGAGCGGUGCUGGUAACAACUGGGCAAAGGGUCACUACACAGAGGGUGCAGAAUUGGUAGACUCUGUGAUGGAUGUUGUGAGGAAGGAAUCUGAAAGCUGUGACUGUCUACAAGGAUUUCAACUUACACAUUCCCUUGGUGGUGGUACAGGGUCUGGAAUGGGAACCCUUCUUAUCAGCAAGAUUCGUGAGGAAUACCCUGACCGCAUCAUGAACACCUUCAGUGUAGUACCCUCUCCCAAGGUAUCAGACACAGUGGUAGAACCAUACAAUGCUACACUUUCUUUGCACCAACUGGUGGAGAACACUGAUGAAACUUACUGCAUAGACAAUGAGGCUCUGUAUGACAUCUGCUUCCGCACUCUAAAGUUGACAACUCCUACUUAUGGCGACCUCAACCACUUAGUUAGUGCCACCAUGAGCGGUGUCACUACUUGUCUGCGUUUCCCUGGCCAGCUCAAUGCGGACCUUCGUAAGCUAGCAGUGAACAUGGUUCCCUUCCCACGUCUUCAUUUCUUCAUGCCAGGCUUUGCCCCACUGGCCAGCCGCGGGAGCCAGCAAUACCGUUCACUGACAGUGCCUGAACUUACUCAGCAGAUGUUUGACUCCAAAAAUAUGAUGGCUGCUUGUGAUCCACGACAUGGGCGCUACCUCACAGUGGCUGCUGUAUUCAGAGGACGCAUGUCCAUGAAGGAAGUCGAUGAACAAAUGCUGAAUGUUCAAAAUAAGAAUAGCAGCUACUUUGUGGACUGGAUCCCAAAUAAUGUCAAGACUGCAGUUUGUGACAUCCCACCACAUGGUCUGAAGAUGGCUGCCACCUUCAUCGGAAACAGCACUGCCAUCCAGGAACUGUUCAAGGGCAUCUCCGAGCAGUUCACAGCCAUGUUCCGGCGCAAGGCCUUCCUUCACUGGUACACUGGAGAGGGAAUGGACGAGAUGGAAUUCACAGAAGCUGAGAGCAACAUGAAUGACCUGGUCUCAGAAUACCAACAGUAUCAGGAUGCAACAGCAGAGGAAGGAGAGUUUGAAGAGGAAGGCGAGGAGGAGGUUGCUUGAAACCUUCUUGUCCCAUUCUACCUAGUCACUGGAGAGUCCCAUCCCCCAAACCCAAUCAUCAGAAAGCCCCCUCCCCUGCAGUGAGAAGCAGCAGAGACUCUGAAUGGGUGAGGGAGGGGUUAGUAUGGUUAGCAUUUUUGUAAACUGUGACUUUCCUAGUCCCUGCCCCAAGUAGAGACAGAAAUAUUGGGCCAAAAUGUAAUCUUUAACCAGAAAUCUCUGUUCGUAUAAAUAUUUAGGCUCUCAUGUUGGUAGCAUGCCGUUAAUGGAUUUCAUAGUUAACUAGUUGGUUAUGGCUCAUAAAAGGGUUAUUUCAUAAUGACUUGGGAGUGUUUUUAUAGCUCUACUGUCCUAGUAACUUGCUUUAAAUGGGUACUGGCGUCUUAAAUUUGAAUUGCUGUAAACAAUGUAAAAUGUGUUUGGCCAAUAA